UGUCCUACUCCGCACGGGGAUAAAAGCGCUCUUUCAUUUGGCUGUGUGUAUUUUGGAGAGAGCUCCAGCCGCUCAAAGGAAACCGGCGUGAAUAUGGAAAAACGCGCAGAAAGCUAUAAACAAUCGUCAGUAAAUUGAAACGAAAUACGGAAACUCCAACGAUUCUAUUUCACCUCAAAAACGUCGGAGUCCAAGUGGCACGGUGGCCUAGUGUACUGAGAUAACUUAUGGAAUCCCGCGCGCCAUGAAUAUGUCCGUUUGCUGAGAAACGGGGAUAACGCGCUGACAAGGCUGAUAUAUUCUCAACGGACGUUCUCCUUUCGCCUGAAGAUAUUCAGGUCUUUUGAGUAAAGCUGUUACUCUACUCUUUUUGUUGAUGGCCACAGAGCACCGAGGAACUCAACAUUCAACCACCUCUGGAAUUAAUGGACACCUGCAUUCUGUAAACUGGGUGAUGUAGAUUUCUGUUUCAGGGAAAAAACGAAUUGAAGUAAAGUUGUGAUGCUGUGAGCUCUUGACGAUAUUCAGCAAGAAUCUCAUUUCCUUAUCGGCAAUGUGAAGCACUGUUGUUUGCACUGGGCUUUCCGCGCGUUAUGCACAGGAACGGAACUGUUACGCAGGUACAGGGAAUACGCAAAAUCGAAAGGAGCGCGUGUGCGCACGAACUUGAACAUAUGUACGGAUUUUAAACAAACUCCAGGGACUCCGACUGGAAACAAAAAAAGCAAGCAACCCACAAGAACUGAUAACAUCACAUACCUGACAAAUGGAGUUACGCAAAUACUUGCUACUACUUGAGUAUAUUGUGCUUCUUAAAGGUCUGUGUCAGUGCUUCAACAUUGAUGUGACGAGGCCGCGGAUCUUCACUGGACCGGAGGACACGCAGUUUGGCUUCUCAGUGCUCCAACACGAGGCCGAUGGGGAGAAAUCGAUGUUGGUGGGGGCACCUUGGGAUGGGGCGCCCAAUAACAAGAAAGGAGACAUAUACAAAUGCAGCAUGGGGAAUGAGCGCAACUCCAACUGCACCAAGCUCAACCUGGGUGAUACAGCUUUAGCGAAUGUAUCUCGAAACCUUAAGAACUCUCACCUGGGCAUGACCAUCAGCCCCAAUACACCUGAUGGCCUCCUGGCUUGUGCACCCUUGUGGUCUCAGGAAUGUGGUACGUCUAUGUUCAGCACUGGGAUCUGUGCAUCAUUGUAUGAUGACCUGGAGCCUAAGGCGACCAUUAAACCAACUGCACAACGAUGCUCCACGUACAUGGACAUAGUCAUAGUUCUAGAUGGAUCCAACAGCAUCUACCCCUGGUAUGAAGUCCAGAACUUCCUCAGCAACAUCCUCAGCAAGUUUCACAUCAGCCCAGAACAGAUGCAGGUGGGUGUCUUGCAGUAUGGAGAGAUAGCAGUGCAUGAGUGGUCGCUGAAGGACUAUCAGUCGAAAGAGGAAGUGGUAGAAGCAGCCAAGAACAUCAGCCGUCAAGAGGGGCGUGAGACUCGCACCGCAUACGCCAUCCACAUGGGCUGCACGGAGGCAUUCAGUCCUGAGAGAGGGGCGAGAGAAGGGGCCAUGAAGGUGAUGAUUGUGGUGACAGACGGAGAGUCACAUGACGGAGAGGAGCUUCCUGAGGCGCUAGCCGAGUGUGAGCAACGCAACAUCACCAGAUACGCCAUCGCGGUGUUGGGCCAUUACAUCCGCAGACAGCAGGACCCAGAGGCCUUCAUCGAUGAGAUCAAGUACAUCGCCACUGACCCGGACGAGAAGUACUUCUUUAACGUGACAGACGAGGCGGCCCUAAACGACAUCGUGGACGCUCUAGGAGACCGCAUCUUCAGUCUGGAGGGGACUUUGGGAAACAAUCAGAGCUCAUUUGUGAAAGAAAUGUCUCAGAUCGGCUUCUCCACACAUGCCCUUGAUGAUGGGAUCCUGUUUGGGGUGGUGGGCGCGUAUGACUGGGAUGGAGGCGUGCUGAAGGAGAGCAGCGAGGGCACCUUCAUGCCCCCCAGGGAGGCUUUCGAGAGCGAGUUCCCCCUGGAGCUCAAGAACCAUGCCGCCUACUUGGGCUACACUGUGUCAUCAGUGGUAGUUGGUGAUUGGAGGAGGCUGUACGUUGCUGGGGCACCGCGCUUCAAGCACAAGGGAAAGGUCAUCCUGUUUGACCUCAGCUCCACGGGUGACGUCACAAUCUCACAGGCCCUCAACGGAGAACAGAUCGGGUCGUACUAUGGCAGCGAGGUGUGUGGGGUGGAUGUGGACCAUGACGGCAUCACAGACGUUCUGCUGGUGGCAGCGCCCAUGUUCUUGGGUGCGGGGAACCGCGAGGCGGGGAAGGUCUACGUGUACAGUCUGGACGGGGAUGGCUUUGCCCCUAACGGAACACUGCAGUCGCAGCAGAAGGCUCAGGAUGCCCGCUUCGGUUAUGCCAUGGCUGCUGUGCCCGACCUCAACCAUGACGGCUAUGCAGACGUGCUGAUCGGAGCGCCUCUGGAGGACGAGCACAAGGGGGCACUCUAUGUUUACCAUGGCGAUGAGUUCUACAUCAUCCCCCAGUACAAACAGCGUAUCGCUGGCUCCACUCUGUCGCCAGGCCUGCAGUAUUUCGGCCGCAGUGUGAGCGCUCAGAUGGACCUAGAUGGGGACAACCUGCUGGACCUGGCUGUUGGAGCACAAGGCCGUGCUAUACUACUCAGCUCACGGAACAUCGUUCAAAUCAACGUGACUCUGGCCUUCCACCCUCCCUCCAUCAACGUCAUCCAGAAGAACUGCCAGCGCGGCGGCCGAGAGUCCGCCUGCCUCAACGCCUCCGCCUGCUUCCUGGCCCACACUCGCCUGCCCCGAGCGUCUGGGAACUACUUCGAGCUGCAUGUUGGGGCCUUGUUGGACGACAGGAAAUUGUCGGCACGCGCACUCUUCGACAACAACUCCCAGCGCCAGACCAGCAUAGGUGUUCGCCUCCGGGUUGGCACACCCACGUGCCACCCUCUUCCCUUCCACGUGUUUGACACAGCUGAUUACAUCCGACCAAUCAGCUUCACCCUCCGCUUCAAGAUCAAUGACACUGAGGGUGCCCCGGUGUUGGACGAGGGUUGGCCAACCACCAUCAAGAAGUCUAUCCCCUUCUUUAAGGACUGCGGUGAGGACGAUGUGUGUGUGACCGAUCUGGUUCUGCAGGCCCACAUGAACAUCUCUGGAACAAGGCAGCAGCCGUAUGUGAUUCGGAGCCCGCGCAGGCGGCUCGGUGUGGAGGUGCAGCUGAGUAACCUCCUGGAGAACGCCUACAAUACCAGCCUCACCAUGCAGUACUCUAAGAACCUGCACUUCUCCAGUCUCAGCAUACGGGAUGAUGUCCAUUUUAAGAUUGAGUGCACAGCGGUCAACUCCAACACUCACUCCUGUAAUGUGAGCUACCCAGUGUUCCGCUCCCACUCUAAGGUCAACUUCAUUUUGGAGUUUGAGUUCAGCUGUACGUCCCUCACCAGCAAGGUUCAGAUGAAACUCACGGCAUCCAGUGACAGUGUGGAGAGAGAGGACACUCUGGGAGAUAACAGUGUCCAGCUGCAGACCAUAGUGCAGUAUGAGCCUGACCUCUUCAUCUCCAGUGAAUCGAACCUGAAUCGGUAUGAGGUGCAUCCCACCCGGACUGUCUCAGAAGCCAUGGGACCAGAGUUCUACACUUACUUCAGGGUGCAGAAUCUGGGUUGUUACUCAGUCAGUAAUCUGGAGUUGAGUAUCCACCUUCCUGCCGUGGCUGUGGGGGACAGGACCUUCAUGUAUGUGGCUGAGGCCUUCUCACACAACACGUCAGGUGUGAACUGCAGCAUCAGGAGUGAUCUCCCUCAACUGAAGGACAGACAGAAGGACGUGUGGCCACUGCACCCAGAGGACAUGCUUAAAACUGACCUGCUGAACUGCACAAGGUCAUGGUGUGUGGAGGUGACAUGCCAGAUACAGCAGCUGCUCAAAGCCCAGUCUGCACUCAUACGCCUCACCAGGAGAGUGAAUGACAACUUCUUUAGACAGGCAAAGUUUAAGUCAGUGCGGAUUGUUGGCUCCUACACACUGACUGUGAAAGAAUCCAACCUGAUAAAGCUGGGCAGUGCUGCCAUCUGGAGGGAGACGGUACUGGAGAUUCUGAAGGGCCGCUCCAUCCCCAUCUCUCUGUGGAUCCUGAUUGGCAGCAUCAUCGGCGGCCUGCUGCUACUUGCCCUCAUUAUCUUCAUCCUGUGGAAGUUGGGAUUCUUUGCAAGAAAGCAGAGGAAGGAGUCAGAGGAGGACAAAGAUGACUGAGCCCCGGUGUCAUGGCAACACCUAUGCAACAUCACCUCCAUGGCGACCGGACUACUACCUUCUUCUGCCAACUUGGCAGCUCCUUGCAGUCCCUCCUACUGCAACCACUACCUACACACCCAAACUGCACUGCACCCCAAACCCCGUUUAGCAUUUAGAUUUACUCAUUUGACAGAUGCUUUGAUUAAAGUAACUUGCAAGUGACACACUUGUUUCAACAACACAGCAAAGUUUCAGUGCAUUAGGAGACCUUGGAGAAUUAGGGCCUGUGUCCAGCAAUCACGUUUUUUUUUUGUGCCGACGGCGGAUAUUUUCUGUACAAAUCCUAUGAAGUUCAGCGUUCACAGCGCUCAGCGCCAUUUGCGCAAAAAAGCUCUCGGCGCUGAACUUUUUUUUUUUUAAUCUGUUCAACUUUUAGAACAGCGCUGGUCUCGUCAUAACCUAGCAACAAUAAACACUUGACUGAAGCACUCUGAAAAUGAGGUUGAGGGCGCGGUCAGCACAAAAACGUGAUUGGUGGACACAGGCCCUUAAGUACUACACCUAUUCAAUAAGAUUUAGUGAAGAAGAGAGAAAUCUAUUCCACAACCGAUCAGGUGAAGAAGGGCACAGUGUCUGUUAGGCAUGUUAGGAGAGUUAGGCACGUUAGGGUGUGAGGAAAGGAGGUGUCCUCUACAGCAGUGGGGGUCAGCACACUGGCUUUCCAUGACCCUCCCUCCUCUCCAGUACUGAAUGCAGGAGCGCAGGUGUGUAUUGGGGAGCACAUGCAGUCAGCACACACACACACACACACACACACACAAUGCUACUCCUGUUUAUACCAAGAUGGUGGCGGUUGGGCUACACAGACAUACACAGACACAGGCCUUUGUAACAUAGUAAUCCUGUAUCAUUACAAUCAUGUGCAUUUAUUUAAACUUCAGUUUCAUAACAGGUUUUCACUUUGCAUUAUUUUGCUGUUUUGUAAAUUGCUUUCAGGUCUGAUUUUAAAACUGUUGAUCAAUAAAAGUCUUUUGUAAACUGUAAGCAGGGUCGUUGGUCUUGUAUUCAAGUGCUUUGAGAGAGUGCUUUACAAAUAAAAUAACAUGUAUUAUUAUUUGUUUUAUUAUUAAGUAAUUUUAAAACCUAGACAGCAGCUGCCCAGUCUAGCUCUUGUAAUCAUUCUCAGUGGAUUUUGCCUUACAUCUAGAUGAAUGGACAAUGGCAUUAUUUGCCCAGGUGGCCAAAAAGGC